UAAAUGUAACAGAAUCAGACACACCAAUUAUGCCAGACUUACCUUAUCACCUGGAAUAUGGCAAAAGAUUUAAUCAAUAUGUGAUUCUAAUAACGAUACAUUGUUUUGGAGCUGUAUUCGCUCAUAUGUUCGUCACAGUUGCAGUUGACAAUUUGUUUUAUACUCUGAUACAACAUGCUUGUGGAAUGUUCUCGAUUAUAGGAUAUAUAUUGGAAAGUAUUGGUAAAAAUGCUGACAUUAAAUUUGAUUCAAAGCCGAGCAAGGUAAAAGAUGAAAAUUACAAUAAAGCCUUAUACUGUUUACGUAAACAUCUCCAAGUGAUAGAAUUUGCGCAACUCAUUGAGUCUAUGUAUACGAAAAUAUUUUUGCUUAAUUUUAACUCGAACAUGCUUCUUGGCAGUUUAAUUGGUAUACAAAUUUUGAUGAAUUUAGACAAAGGCAUAAGUAACGUCAUUGGACCCGCUGCUAUCUAUAUCGCACAACUUACUCAUUUAUUUCCUUUUUGGCAAGCUCAAUUU